AGCACGCGCCCUCGUCCAGAACAGGAUGAGCGCCCUCGCACCCCGCAUGUUCGUUUAUUACGCGAUCGCGGCCCUAAUCGGCGACGUCCAGUCUAGAGCCGUGAACAUUAGCAAUACGUGGAUGUUGCCCGAAGAAGGAUUUCCGGUAUUCUACCGGUAUUUCCGCGAUCGCAUUUCUUGGUACGAAGCAGACGCUGUUUGUCAGUUCCAUCAUGCCAACCUAGUCACAGCUGACAGUUCUUCUCAGUACGACGCGAUCAGGGCCUACUUGAAAGAGCUAGAUAUUGCCGAAAAAGUCUGGAUCGGUCUGUCCAAGCCCCAGGAAAAGCAGAAAUUUCAAUGGACGAAUUUCCAGCCAUUGUCAGGCGAAGGUCACUGGCAAGAAUCCAUCCCUGCUGGUGACGGUCAGUCGUUGUGCGCCGUAAUGGACCCGAGCGCCGAUUUUCUGUGGCGCCCCUUGCCUUGCGGAGGACCCGAAGUGGCUGCGUUCAUUUGCGAACUACCAAUUCCCUCUUGGGCGACGGGUUCGAAAGGGUGCCUUUUAACCGAACUGCCAUCUUUGACAGUCCUGUACAUUCCGGAACAGUCCGCCCUGGAAUUGACGUCCGAUUGCGGUUUGGACGGUACGAAACGGAUCGCUUGUAAAGGCAGUGCGGAUCGUGAAGAAAUGCUCCGUCAAUUAACAUGUCUAAUAUCGAAUGACGACAUCGACGCCGAAGAAAAGUCGGUAUCGACGAAAACUUCCAGCAGCACUUUAUCGGAUUACUCGUUUGUCGAAACUUCGACUUUAGACGAAAACUCGGAAGAAGCAGGCAAAACCGUCAAUACGAUCAACUCCGACUACGGCUUACCGACGAGAUACCGCAGAGAAACCGAGGAUACUUUAAGUCCGGUCGCGUCGACUGAAAGUUCAUUCAAAGAGGAUUUCGCUUCAAGCCACCAAGACAAAAUCGUGCUGACAACGCAACACGCAGUAGACAUUCACGUCACACCUACCAGUGCUACCAACUUUGAAACUGAAAAUUUGCCCAGUUCCACCAACGUCUCACCUACCGGGCUAAAAAAAGCUGAUGAAAGUACAAAGUUUGCAGUCGUAAUCGAAUCUACAUCCACAGAAAUUACCCCAGCUGACCAGGAAACGAUUACCACCCCUAGAACCGCUCAAGUUACUCUACAAACCUUGAAAACCGUGAACGAAGCUACUGCAACUGGACACCCAGAAAACGCUGAAGAUUAUCCUGGAGUGAUUAAUCAAGGCCAAUUGUUUAGCAUCAUUGAAAAUGGUACAAUGUUUGAUAUAAUCGACCUCAACGAAACCCUACAAGAAUCAACCAGUAAAACAGAGUUGCCAACCAAACAACCGCCUCCGACCAAAAAACCACUGUUGCCAACCAAAAAAAUCACAACAAAAAAACAAAACAGCAUCGUCAAAUUGCUGCCAACCAAACAACCUCAAUCCGUGGACGAAUUGGAAGAAAACUUGACAAAGGAAUUCGAAAUGAUGCCCGACAUUAAAGACACAUCACCUAAGCUGAAUAGAACUUUCAGAAAAGAGUUACCAAUGGUUGAUGAACAUGACGAUUUAGAAAAUGGCGGCCAGUUUGGGGUACCAAGAGUGCUAAAUUUGACCAUAAAUAAUAACAUUGAUGAAGAUGAUUCAACUACUCAUAAAACCUCAAUUGGCGCAGUUGAUCCAAGACUUUACAUUUUAAAUACCCACCCUGCGCAAAAUAAUCACACAUUGAACAAAGAAGAUUUUUUGCCUAAACCUCUAUUAGGAGAAUCUUCUGGGGAAAAUUCAUCUGAACCUGAGCACCCGUUUCCGUCUGACGAACCCAAAAAGAUCAACCGGCACAGGAAUUUGCACAACAUCAAAGGCAGGAAAUUUUAUCCGUACUUUUUUAGCCGGAUGUUAGGUUGAACUUAGGAAAUCAAGAAUUUGUUGUUGACCAUUUUUCUUUAGCUCAUUAUAGUGAUGUAAUAAUCAGUGUAGCACAGGAAUUUUAGGAAAUAGUUCCAGUGAAUGAAGAGAGAUAGUUUUAAUCAAUUUUUAAUAGGAAAUACAAAAAUGUAGAUUAUUUAACAUAGUGGAAUUUUGAGUCAGUUGUCAAUUGUCAAUGUCAGUUGACAACUGACGUGAGUCAAAAACUAAUCGUACAAGUUUUUUUCUAGAUAAUAGUUGGUUCACAUUUUUUGAGUCUAUCUUAGACGUAAUAUGCCAAAAUAAGCGCAACAACUAAGUAUAGAAAAACAGUUUUACACUUAAGCUACACAUACACCGUCCUUUUUGCUUGUAAGAAAAACACGUAUUGGUUAUAUUAUCGGAAAACGACGAUGUGCCUGCAAAAUUUUCGUAGGUAAAUGAUUCUCGAGCUUCAUUAAAUGUUUUUUCUAGAGAUAUUUUUGUUAAAAUUUAUCGCGUUUUGCACUGCAUAUCUUUACCUCAACCAAAAGGCACAGAUUAUUAACGGUAAUAUUUGAUGUAAAUAAUGGUAAUCUAACAAAUGUGCUAAAGUAAUAAAUAAAUUUAUUGUAGAUGU